UAUUCAAACAUACACUUUGCCCAACCUCCUUCCUUUUCUCACUCUCUUCAACACCACCCUCCUCUAGUCCUCUUCCUUUGGCCCCAUUUUCCUCCAUUAAAGUAAAAAAAAGCUCCUCUUUCUCCUCCUCCUUCUUCCUUUACUCUCUCUCCUUCCCUAGUUCCCUCUAAACAACAACAACAACAACAACAACAACAACAACAACCUCAACUUCCUUCUCCUUCUCCUCCCCUUCACUCCACCAUCACCAUUAUUAACAUGCCUUCUCAUCCUAAUCCCUUCCCUUCUUCAACAACAACCAAUAACACCAUCAAACAAAACUUCCUUCCUCCACCACCUCAAGCCACCUUCUCCAACACCACCCAAAGAAACCACCAACGUCUCCUCCCACCUCACCGGAAAACCAACCCUCUAGUUUGGUGUGGUGCUAUCCUUUGCUUCUUCUUCAGCCUUCUCCUCAUCCUCUCUGGCAUCCUCAUUCUCAUCAUCUUCCUCUUCAUCAAGCCCAGAAACCCGGCUUUCGACAUCCCAAACGCUAGCCUCAAUACCAUUGUCCUCCUCUCACCUUUCUACCUCAAUGGAGACCUCACCUUCCUCGCCAACUUCUCCAAUCCAAACCACAAAUUGGAUCUCAUUUUUGACUAUAUAAGCAUUGAAUUAUACUUCUCCGAUCACCUUAUCGCCGCGCAAGGCUUACCGCCUUUCACUCAACGCCAAGGCGAGCAGAGGCUUGAAGCUGUCCACAUGAUAUCUAGUGAAGUUUACUUGCCUACUCACCUUCUUUUGGAUCUUCAGAAACAAGUGGGAAGUAACAGUGUAGUGUAUAAUAUUAGAGGGACAUUCAAAGUUAAGGUGAGCUUUGGUGUUUUUCAUUUCACUUAUUGGCUUUAUAGCCGUUGUUUCAUUCAGCUCUCUGCUCCUCCUUCUGGUGUUUUGAUUGGAAGGACUUGCAAAACUAACAAGUGAAAUUCAUCUUUCAUUUAAUCAUUUCUUCUUCUUCUUCUUCUUCAUCAUCAUCAUCAUUCUUUUUUCUCAUCUCUCAUGUAUAAUUGAUGAUACAUAUAUGUUGUUGAAACAUUGCAAUUUUGAAUUGAUUGCUUUCCUUUAUGAA